AAGUCUUUAAACGCAUCACGACGAUUUGGGAUGAAUGGCCGAGGCUCCGCCCACUGCGUGAGCAUCUGCGGAGCACCUGAACCACAGUCCUUCACAAGCGAGCACCGUUCAGCUGGACCGCACCAGCGCCUCCCAGGUGAGACAGCAGACUGAAGACAGAAAACGAUCUACAACAACGUCAGAGUUGGGAUGGGGCGCAAGGAGAUCACCUGCAGCUGGAAGAAGAGCACCAGCAACAUCAAGGAUGUCUUCGACUUUGAAGGAAAAAUGGGCUCGGGCUCCUUCUCAGAGGUCUUCAUGGUAAGGGAGAAGAAAACAGGUCGGCUCUACGCUCUGAAGUGUCUGAAGAAGAAACAUCUGGCUCACAGCAACCUGGAGAAUGAAAUCAACAUCCUGAGGAGGAUAAAGCAUGAGAAUGUGGUGGGGCUGGAGGACUUCUACGAGAGCCGCACACAUUACUACCUGGUCAUGCAGCUGGUCUCAGGUGGGGAGCUGUUUGAUCGCAUCUUGGAUAAGGGGGUGUACACGGAGAAGGACGCCAGCAGAGUGAUCAAGCAGGUGCUGCAGGCUGUCAGCUACCUGCACCAGAACAGCAUCGUCCACAGGGACCUAAAGCCUGAGAACCUGCUGUUCUUCAACACGGACGAGAACGCCAAGAUCAUGGUGAGCGACUUUGGUCUGUCCAAGACUCCGGAGCACGGCGUCAUGUCCACGGCGUGCGGCACUCCGGGAUACGUUGCUCCGGAGGUUUUGGCUCAGAAACCGUACAGCAAAGCAGUGGACUGCUGGUCCAUCGGCGUCAUCGCAUACAUCCUGCUCUGUGGAUAUCCUCCCUUCUUUGAAGAGAACGAGACGCGGCUGUUUUCAAAGAUCAUGAGGGCCGAGUAUGCGUUCCACUCCCCCUUCUGGGACGACAUCUCAGAGUCAGCCAAAGACUUUGUCAGGAACAUGAUGGAGAAGAACCCUCUGAAGCGCUUCACCACCGAGCAGGCCCUCAGACACCCAUGGAUCGCUGCAGACACGGCCAAGGACCUUGACAUCUACCCGUCCGUCUGCGAACAGAUGGAGAAGAACUUUGCCAAAUCCAGGUGGAAGCAAGCCAUCAAUGCAGCCACAGCCAUCAACCACAUGAAGAGGAUGUCCCUGAGUGAGCCCUCCCCCUCCCCACUCUGCCUGCCUGGCGUCACUGCCGAGACCCCCACCCAGAACCAGCAGGAGCCCAUCGUCCCCCACCCUGACAAAAAAGACCCCCUUGAUCCAAACGGGAACCUGGUUGCGUCUCAUCAUGUUACCCGCGGGGAUCCAGAGGCCACCGACCUCCACAGCUUCCACCCAGAGAGCGACACCACCUUCAGGCCGGUGAAGAGUGUGGAGGUGGUGGCCCAGAGGACAGAACCCCCGCUGCAGUCUGGUGUCUGUGUGGUCAUGUGACUGCCUCAUGCAGUUUGUCCUACAGCGUGGCGUCCUCUUCCCCACAGGGGGGCGCUCCCAGGCCUGCGCUCAGCCUCACGGUGUCUGCUGCGCCCCGCUGCUACAGACCCAGUUUGAGAGCUCAGUGAAGACUGAAGUCAGGAUUUUUGACGGCUCCUUUCUUCUCACAGAGAUUGCUGAACUUGUUUACUUCUGCUGAACAUAGACCUUAAUAUUCAUGCUUCUUUAUGGGGAAUAUUUUGAAGGUGUCAGAGCGUGAAAUUGGACGAUAGCUAAAACCUCAGUGACGUGUGCGCAUGUGAGCGUGCAUGUGUUAGGUCGUCUGAAUUCUCCGUUUUGUGUUGUCAUUUAGCAUGUUCUGGAUUUUGUUGCAGGCUUUUAAACAAACCUUUUUUUUUUGCAAAAAAAAAAAGUUAAAUACGUAAAAAAUAACUACAUCCUAAAAUAAACUUUAUAUUUAAAGUUUUACAGUUUUAAAAAAUCUGUACAUAUGUUAAAGAAUGACCAAAACUUGAAGCUUUUUCAUGUAUUUUGAACUUAUGUCUAUUUAUUUUCACUGAAAUCCUUUUUUUUUGCAUGUAAACUACUGCUCUUUACACGUUUUAUUUUGUCCUUGCAGUAUAUUCUUUGUGUCAAAUAUUCAGUUUUAUUUAUUUUUUGUUUCUGUAUUUGUCAGUCUAAACUGAGUCCUUUAUUCUAGAAUUGAAAAUAAUAAAACAACUUAAAACAAAAGAAUUGUUUAAUAUAAAAUGUACAAAAAUGCUCAAAUUAAUGAUGAAACACUUGAUUUAAUCUGUAAAGUUCGAUGUGAUUGUCUUUGUCCCCAUGGUUAGUCUAUGUUGUUUCAAUCUUCAUCUUUUUGCUGAUUUCUUUCAUUUAUGUUUGCAUUUGUAGACAGAGUAUAGAUUGUUUUGUUGGGUUUGGACACAUUUGUUAUAACUGACCUUUAUGAAGUGCCACAAGCUGCUGUGAAGAUGAUUCCGUGCUGUAGAAAUGUGCACGUUUUGUACCGUUUGGUCAAUAAAGAACUGGUGACCUCA